AGAGAUUAGACUGUAAACCUUUUUAUUUACUUCCGCUACAAAGUACAUUAUUCCGAGUUCUUCAGACAGGAGUAAUCAGGAUAAGAACGUAUGGGGCUCUCUCCUCCUACCUCCCAAGAUCGCUCCCCCAACUCCCCUCCUAUAUAUUGCUGCGCCGCUCAAUUCCUGACGCACCGAGCGACACCGAGACACCGCAUUGCAGUGAGAGUCGUCCAGAGCUAGCUAGCUUUUCGGUGUAGUCCUCUGGACCGGGAAGGACACCCUUUCUCUUCCACCUUACUCCAUUUGGUUCCUAGGAGAAGAAAGAUUCAGCUGAGUGACAGCAAGAGGAAUUGAAGAGGAGUACCGGAGUACGCCGAGAUGGAACAUAUAGCGAGGUUCUUCUUUGGAGUUUCAGGUAAUGUCAUUGCGCUCUUCCUCUUCCUGUCGCCUGUCGUCACCUUCUGGAGGAUCAUCAGGAAGCGAUCGACGGAGGACUUCUCCGGCGUGCCCUACAACAUGACGCUGCUCAACUGCCUCCUAUCAGCUUGGUACGGUCUGCCGUUCGUGUCCCCGAACAACAUCCUGGUGACGACGAUCAACGGGACGGGGUCGGUGAUCGAGGCCAUCUAUGUGGUGAUCUUCCUUAUCUUCGCGGAGCGGAGGAUCAGGCUGCGGAUGCUGGGCCUCAUGGGCAUCGUCACCUCCAUCUUCACCACGGUGGUGCUUGUCUCGCUGCUGGCCCUGCACGGCAACGGCCGCAAGAUCUUCUGCGGCCUCGCCGCCACCAUCUUCUCCAUCUGCAUGUACGCCUCGCCGCUCUCCAUCAUGAGGUUGGUGAUCAAGACGAAGAGCGUGGAGUUCAUGCCGUUCCUGCUCUCCUUGUCCGUGUUCCUGUGCGGCACCUCCUGGUUCAUCUACGGCCUCCUCGGCCGCGACCCCUUCAUCGCGAUCCCCAACGGGUGCGGGAGCUUCCUGGGCCUGAUGCAGCUGAUCUUGUACGCCAUCUACCGGAACCACAAGGGCGCCCCCGCGCCAGCCGGCAAGGGAGAUGCCGCCGUCGCGGAGGUGGAGGACGCGAAGAAGGCGGUCGCAGCGGUGGAGCUGGCCGACGCCAAGACCAACAGGGGGGUCGACAAGGUCGCCACCCAGGUGUAGGAUGGACUGAAGCAAAUCAAGGCUUGCUGGGUGGGAGGAGGUGGUUCCAACUUCGAAGCAGCCUAAAUGGGGUUGCCUAGUGAAUUAAUUCUUGGUGAAGCAGAUUGUUUUGCUUUCUUUGCCUUCGCUGUCACUCUGAUAUCUGUCUCUUCCCGACACCGCCCAAAAAUGUUGUAACUGCGUGAA